GCGAAGGCACUGCGUCUGGGUCUUUUGGUCUUGACUUUGUACCUCUCUCUUCAGCACAACUGUGUGAUCCUACAUCUGCUCCUUUUCUCUUAGCAUGACCGUGCAUGCUUUCGGUUCAGCUGGAUCCCCUAUUGUGCUCUCAGAUGACGAGGACGCAGCAUUUGUAGAGUACCACCUCAGUGAAUUCGACGGAAGACUGGACGCCGAUACGCAAGGCGGUGCCCAGGACUGGGAGACGCAAUGGAAUGAGCGGUCCUACACGAACCUCGUGAAUGAUGGAAUGCCGGGCUUGGCACCUAGUCAAAAGCGUAAACGGAAGAAUACGUCGCAAACCGUCGGUCAGCAGCGGAUAGAAAGCAAAGCACGACGCAGCAAGAGAAGAAAGCGUGAACGAGAAGCGGCUCAGAUGCCAGAAGUCGUACAGGCUCCUCUACGGCCCAAGUAUAACAGGUCAAAGCAACGGAAGGCUCAGAUGGGCCCUAUACCUCCUGUGCGGUCUGCAUCCCCGCCACUACCGGCGACUCCAUAUGAUCCCUAUGGUCCCCCCGUUUCUUUCCCAGAAAUCCCUUUCUCCUUCUCUGCAUCAUCUUCGAGCUAUGCCGGACCACCGUCCAAGUAUAUGCCUAUGGGCGCAGGAUCAUUGCCUCCAACGCUGCCACUCAACCCUUCUUUUUUUCCACAUAGUUUCGGAAUGCAUGACCAGCCUGACAGCCUUUCCUAUCAAAUGCCACCACCAGCUCCUCGCUAUCAUCCUGCCCCCUCAACAGCAUACACACAAACCUCCCCUCUUCCACUCUCCCCUUCUCUUCCAGACGGUUUUCUCCCAAGCCUCCUUGACCAUUCUUGUAUAGAAUACCCACUGGGUUCCUUGCUUCAUGACGCACCUAUGGCCGCUCCGCCCAGGAAGCCCACCAUUGUGAAGAAAUCGAUUGGGCAGACUCCUGCUAAGGGUUGCGAAGGUGAACAUGGGCUCUACCCGCUUCCGCCCGGUAGCCAGCUCGUGUCACAUCCUCCUGAUCCACUUCGCACUGUUGUGCUGAAAAUUUCGCCCAAAAAACAUCGGAUCCCUAAAUUUGUGGUGUCCUGGGGAAAGCAGUUCUCAGAAACUUUCCGCUUUGAUCUCGAUGCCAAAGUUGGGAAAGCUCUGGUGGAGUUUCCCGAUGCCGCCACGGCGCAAGCUGCUUUCCAUAGUCCUCGCUUGUCAGGCGAUAGCAAGGAACACAUUUUCGCGUGGUGGUAUAUUCCGGACUUGGAGGAAGGCGAGAUUACAGAAUAUGACGUGUCUCAGCAGCCCAGCUCUGCUGCGUCUCAGACUGGGGCACCUGGCCAAGGCGGGAAGAAGAAAAAUCAGAACAAACGUCAAGGGAAGAAGAAGGCUGUGGAUGCCGUGUUGCAGCCUCCUGCGUUGUCGAUGCAGAAAUUGAAGGAGGAGGAGGAGGCACUUUGGGUGGCAUUAUUCAAGUCGAAGUCAAAGCCUGCUUCUCCGCGAAGCGAGGUUGCAUCACGAUCGCCGGCUCCGUCUGUGUCAUAUUCCAUUCGCGGUGACGAUCCAGAUGAAUGGAAUGACAUGGUCGAGAUGGCCUAUUCUGACUCUUCCGUGGACCGGGACAAUGAAGAGGAACAAGCGAUGGACAUCGAGCUCAGCGACGAAGGGUACCAGUCACAAGCCCAAAAACUCGCACAAGAAUCAGCUCUCUCGGAUAGAUUUUCUGACAUGAAAACGGAAGAUGGCAGUUCCAUCGCAUCUUCGCGGGCAGCUUCGCCACAGCCCAUGGUGAUCUCGCCUAUCACUCCCACCGAAGCAUUGCUGCCUGUAGCGCCACUUUCCGCGACCAAAUCUGUCUCCGGCACGUUUGAUGGGGAAGAGCUAGUAGCGACGAAGGUUUCUUCUCCUGUGUCCAUCCCACAACCCACAGUAUCGACAAAGGCUACUCCUGCUGUAUCGGGAUCACAGCCACGAGUGGUCACGAAAGCUCCUUCGGUUUUGCAAGCGUCCAUGGCGAAAGAUGCCCUUUCUCUCGCAUCGAUGUCGGUGACUUCGCAUUCAGUAAUGUCUCGACGCGACAAGCUAGCCGCACAAUCAUGUGUUUCCGUUGAGAAUCGACAGCAGACGUCGGCUGAUGCAGCGUCAGUACCCCAUGAUCUGCCUGCAUCGAAAUCGAAAGCGUGUGCGAGGGUACCGCCGGGUCUGACGCCCACGCUUCUCUCUUCCCCUGUUGCUGUUCUGUUCACUGCUCCAGCUCCUCCGCAAUCGUCAGACUUGCCUUCUGUUUCAUUUGUGCCUGCGGUUUCUCAUUCAUCACCGGAUGUCUCCGCGUUGCAACCACUUCCACCAUGCCCAUCUCAUCCGCCCAACACUGCAAACUCAUCGGUACUUUCUGAGUCUCGACCGCUUUCUGGGUCGGCUAGCCCAUCCUGCAGUGCUUCCUCUGCAGUCAGCGAUUCACAAAAUGCGAAGGCAUCUCCGAUUGACAAUGAACCUUUAAUCGGUCCGGAGCAGCCGAACUGUCCAGCGCCCAGCAAAUCCUCAUUGUCCCCCCGGCAGAGAGAGAUCAAGGAGCGCAUCGCGAGGUUGAAGGCAGAACCUGCAAGCAGAAGUCGAAGUGUGUCGCCGUUACUUGUUGUCAAGUCUACGGAGGAUUCUUCCGACAGUCAUGGAAUGACAAGUAUGACUGACGCUCAGAAGUCUGUCCAAGCUCUUCGGCGUGCCGUGAUACGGAGCAGGAAGAAUCUUGCAGAUGCUCCGCUUGGUUCAGCGGUGAUCGCGGCGCCUCUUUCGGGAAGGGCUAGUCCUACUGAAGCAGAGGUUGCACGCAGUACGUGGAUCGGUACGAGCACCACAGGAAAUGCUGCUUCUGCAUCCGGCGCUGGCUCGUCUUCAGCCAUCUCUCCGCGUGAUGGCUCUGUUCCAUCUCGAGCAGCCAGCAAGAGUCGAUCAGCUACGCCAGCUUUCGAAGUCGCAACGAAAGUCAUGCAGAGUGCCACGAUGAGCGCAGUGACCUCUUCGACUGCCGGUGGUGAUACUGUCAACCUCGACGAGCUAGCAGUUGUUUUCAUUACGGAAAGCAUUCGCACAGUCGAGCAACCCCUGCCUCCACAACCGCCGCAGCCGAAGGCUGCUCCACCGAUGGAAGACAUGACACCCGCUGCAAAACUCAUGCGUCUAGAGCAGCGUAUCGCUGAGAUCAAGACUCUGAUGGCAGAACUGAGCAAUGCACGUUCGGAGCUGGAGAAAAAGAACAUCCGGCGUAAGAUCCGCGAACAGAGAAGAGUGAUGGAUGAGGCGGAUGCAGCAAGCAUGGCUUCCUUACCGGUGGCAUCGUCAGCUCGCUUCAGUGCCGCGCAGACGUGGAAAUCAAGAUGGCCUGAGACGCCACAGGAUUGUAACGUACUCAUCAUCAGCGACAGCGAAGAUGAGCAUAUGGACACUGACGAAUAGAUGUUGCAAGGCGUCAGUAUAUCGGUACGUGUAUCACGGUCUCCUAUUAUCUUGUACUGCUAGGUUGCUUUGAUUGCGACGAUACCUGAAAAUUUUGACUAGUGAGAACCGGAAGUACAUU